UUUUCUCCCCUGACUCAAUGUAAAAACUCACAACAGAAACAUGAAUCACAUGAAGAAAAUCUCAUACCAGAAAAAAAGCUUUUUUUCCAUUGACUUUUACUCUUGUUUACCUUUUUUCCCUUUCAAUCUUAUUCCAAUUACUAAGUUAUCAUCAUUUCCACUUGUUAUCAUCAUCAUUAUCAAUUCAUUGUUGUUUUUUCUUUAAUUGUUAUCAUUUCUCCUCUUCCACUUAUCUGCAAUUAAGUAUUAAUUUUACUCUUUUUAUCGUAUUUUUUUUUUGAUAACCUUGCAGUUUGCAUUUCGUUUGCAAUACUCAGUUUAUUUUUCUUCAUCCUCAUCACUUUCUCAUGUUAUUAUUUCAUCCAUAGUUUCCAUACAUAUAUUUAUACAUCAACGUCUGUGAUUGAUUCUUAUAAUCUUGGUAUUGAAAAACCAUCAAGUUAAUCAGCAAGUUUAAAGGAUAAACAAUAAGUGUCACUAAUUUUUGAUUGCAAUUUAUCAAAGAUGAUCAGUCAACAAUCAGUAGACAUUUUUGUAUCUUUCAUGUGAAUGUUUCAGUGUUGUUUUUUCAUGAGAUUUACUAUCCACCUGAACCAUCAUCAUUCACCACCAAAGUUGAUUGUUAACCGAAAGACACUCAUGAUAGAUUAUUAAUUUAUAUAUAUGAGAAUAUAAGAGAAAAGAAAAAUAAAAGAAUCAAAAGAAAAAUCAACCACUAUGAGGAAUCUCAAGUGGAUUAAAAGAUGUUCAUAUUGAUUCACAUGUUCCUCUAUUGGGUUCAGUCGUUUUUCAUUGAUCAACAACACCAACAUCCUGAUAAUCAUCACCAUUCCCACCCUGCGAAACAAUUGAACCAAAAUCUUAAUCAGCAACAGCAAUCAAAUCAAUUGAAAACAAUGACAACAACCAAUAUGCGUUCAUCUUCAUCUUCGAGUGUCAAUUCAGGUCCAAAUGAUAAUCCCUCAAGUAAUCAUAGUAACAGUACCAAUAGUAUUAAUAGUAGCCAUUCAUCAUCUAAUUCACCCACUCCUGGUGGUGGUGGUUUAAGUGGUAAGGGUGGUGAGGGUUCUGGUGUAAAUUCAGGUGGACAAUCAUUUUCAUCGUCAUGUAAACAACGUCGUCAACGAUUAACAACAACUCGAUCUCAAUCAGCUUCAAUUGCAAUGUCAUCUCAUCCAAUUCAUCAUCAUCAACCCGUUCAUCGAUCAUCUUAUCCUUCAGAAUUAAGGCCAAUCGGGGGUAUCAGGUUAGCCUCAAGAUUCACGAGGAAUCGAUCCUCGUCAAGUUUCGAUGUUGACGAUUCCGGUUCACCCAAUAAACACCUUGAUGCAACCAGUCCAAGUACGGGCCUUGUCCUUCAAAAUAUGCCUUCGAGAAGGGAAUCGUUUCUUUAUCGAUCUGAUUCCGAAUUUGAAAUGUCCCCAAAAUCGGUUUCACGACAUUCGUCCAUUGGAAGUGGUGAAUCUCAUGGUGAAGAAGUUAUUGUAACACCAUUUGCACAAAUUCUUGCGAGCCUUCGAAAUGUUCGAAAUAACUAUAUCUAUCUUACCAAUGUUCCAAUUUCGGCUUCCCGGCCCAGGGAGAGUCGACGAUCGUCAACAAGCAAUUCAACCAAUUUUCCGAUCCAAGGGAAAUCGGCAUCAGAUGAGGUUAAUGCGAAUCUUGCCUUGAACACCUUAGAAGAGUUGGAUUGGUGUUUAGAUCAAUUAGAAACUAUUCAAGCUCAUCGAUCGGUUGGUGAUAUGGCGACGAGUAAAUUUAAGCGAAUGCUCAACAAAGAGUUGAGCCACUUUUCGGAAUCAAAAUCAGGAAGCCAAAUUUCCGAAUAUCUUUUAAAAACCUACUUGGAGAAACAGGAAGAUUACGAUUUACCGUAUCUACGAACUGAAGAUGGCUCAGUCUCCCAAUUACAAGCUCAAGUACUUGCAUCAGUGGCCAGUGGGGCUACAGCAAAUUUCACCACCACAAGUAACCGGAACAUGAGCUCAAUUGGAUUAUCACAAUUACAACAAUCACAACAACAAUUUCAACAACAAUCAUCAUCAUCAGCGGCAUCAGCAGCAGCAACAACAACAUGUUCAUCUUCAUCGCCAACAUCAUCAGUUACUAAUAGAGCUAAACCAGGUCUUUCGAUGUCCCAAAUAACGGGUGUUCGGAAAACCACCUUAUCCCAUACCAAUAGUUUAACCAAAUUACCAAAGUUCGGAGUUGAAACAAUCCAUGAGCCCGAACUUACCAAACUUUUUACCGAUGUAAACAAAUGGGGCUUAGAUGUUUUCAAAAUUUCAGAGUACUCAGGUUGCCACCCACUAACAGCCACCAUGUAUACAAUAUUCAGGGAACGAGAUCUUCUCAAAACUUUUAAAAUAUCUUCCAAAAAGUUUGUCGCCUGUGCUAUUACCCUGGAGGAACAUUAUCUCAAAGUUCCCUAUCAUAAUAGUACCCAUGCCGCCGAUGUAACUCAAUCUGUCCACGUCCUACUUCUUGCACCAGCUCUUGAGUCCGUCUUUACUGAUUUAGAAAUUCUUGCAGUCCUGUUUUCAGCGGCGAUCCAUGAUAUCGAUCAUCCCGGUGUCACUAAUCAAUAUCUGAUCAACACUUCCUCAGAAUUGGCGUUAAUGUAUAACGAUGAGUCGAUUCUGGAAAAUCAUUCACUUGCAGUUGCCUUUAAGAUACUUCAAGAUGAGAGUACCGACAUUUUUGAUAAAUUGACCAAAAAACAACGGCAAACCCUACGUAAGAUGACCAUUGACAUGGUACUGGCCACCGAUAUGUCCAAACAUUUAUCUCUUCUUGCUGAUCUGAAGACCAUGGUGGAGACAAAGAAAGUCGCUGGAUCGGGAUUUUUACUUUUAGAUAAUUAUACAGAAAGAAUUCAAGUUUUACAAAAUAUUAUUCAUUGUGCCGAUUUAAGUAAUCCCACCAAACCCCUUAAUCUUUACCGUCGGUGGGUAAAUAUGAUCUUCGAGGAAUCGUUUAUGCAAGGUGAUAAAGAGAGAGCCCAAGGUCUCGAUAUAAGUCCAAUGUGUGAUAGACAUAAUACUGUUAUAGAAAAAUAUCAGGUUAGUUUUAUUGACUAUAUUGUCCACCCGCUUUACGAAACAUGGGCUGACCUGGUCAAUCCGGACGCUCAGGAUAUUUUGGAUGCACUUGAAGAGAAUCGGGAUUGGUUUCAGAGUCAAAUUCCUGCAAGUCCACCUUCGGAUGAGAAAAGUGAUAAAUGUCAACAAUCAAGUCAACAGCACGAGAAAACACCCGAUAAGAGUGACGGUUGUGAGGAUACGAGACAUUUAAGUGUCCAAGCGGAUAAGAUAAAAUUCCAGAUCACUUUGGAAGAACCGGAAGAGGAAGAGGAAGAUGUAACUGUUUCCGAUGCGAAUCAUAAUGAGAUUAAAACAAAGACAACAGGAAUGGCCGAUAUUGCAGAAGAUUCUAGUUUAAGUGAAUCGGUUGACAAUUAAGUUUAAUUGUGAAAACCAAAAAGAAAACAUCAUCUCGAUUAUCUUAAUCAAUGAGAAAAUUAUUAUCACCGAGGAAAUGAAUUUACCUCAAUUAGAUCAAAAAUCAUAAUUAUCAUCAAUCACCUCCAACAACAACAACAACCUCAUCAUCCUCACAAUUAAGUUAAUCCAUUGUAAUCAUGAUAGAGAUUAAAUUGCCAAAAAAGAAACAAACAAUUAACUAAUUUUAA